AUGGCCACCACAACAUGGCUUAUGAAGCUCCAAGAGCAACUGAACGUCGACAUUGAUUGCAUGGAUCCAGCAGAGGCAAAGAAGCUGCUUCCAUUCAAGCCAUGCGACCAAACCAGCAAUCAGCGUCUGGUCUACGAGCAAAUGAUCUCCCCUGAGAACCGGGAUUUGUUCUUGCAAACGGCAAAGGAGGCCAAGGACGAGGGCUGGGAGGUCAUUCUCAACCGCAUGAGUGCUCGCCUUUGUGCUAAGAAUAUCGAAAACAUCGAGGGCCGGGUGUUGUUGCAGUCCUCGGCCCGGUUUGCGUACGACACCGACAAGGUAAUCGAGCAUGCCCGUGCAUAUGCGCACGAGUUUGAAAAGGCGGGCAUCUCCAAGGAUCGAAUCUGCAUCAAGAUCCCCGCCACGGGCCCGGCCUUGAACGCCAGCCCAAUUCUCCUCAAGGAAGGUAUUCGCACUCUAGGCACGAGUUUGUUCUCGGUGGUCCAGGCAAUUGCAGCCAGUCAAGCUGGGUGUCUCUCCAUUAGCCCUUAUAUCAAUUUCCCAUGGUACCAUGCCGAUCGGAAGCAGUGGCCGGAUGUGCAGGAUCCAGCUUUGGAGCAUCCCAUGUCCCAUCGUUUGGUGCAAAUCAAGCAGGUGUACGAACGCCUUCAUAAAGAAACGGGAAAAGAGCAACCGCUGUUGAAGCCAGCAAGCUUCAUUUCUGCCAAGGAAGCUAUGGCCAUGGGUGAGAUUGGUUGCGAACAUGCCACGAUCCCAGAGAACAUUUUGCUUGAACUGUCACUGCUGGAUGCGGAGGCAAAUCCUCCUCCCGGGACUGAUUCAGUCAAAAAAAGAGGAGUCGUCGCACCAAGGCUCACUCAUCUGGCUGACAGUGACCCUCUAGCCGGAGACAAAUGGAAGGGACGGCUGCCAUCAACUGAAGUUGACUAUCUUGCUGAUAAUGGCGCGGCUUUGACUGAAGCCAUUGCAGAAGAUGAGACCACAGAGCGAGGAUUGCGUGAGGCUCUGUCGGCUUUUGAAGACAACGAACUCCAGAGCAGGCAAGCGAUUGAAGAGUUGCUCAAGCAACUGUGA